AUGCAGACAAUGCAGCAACACGAGAAUGAGCUCAAAGGCCAACAUCGGCCUAACCUUUCUAUAAACACAUCAUUCAACAAAAAGAAAAAGGGAUGGCAUCAACUCUUCUCGCAUCAUCACCACCACCAUCCCACUGUCAAAUCACCCACUUCCAUUGAUCGUCAAGAAAAGCCCUCCAAGCGAAACAGCUUGCCUACUCCUCCUCCCACACAAUCCGCACCUUCACUACAACAACAUGCCACAUCCAUCAGUCUUGCACCACUCUUAAUGCGAAAAACGGCUAGUCCAACCUCCACAGCAACGAGCAGCAGCAAUAGCAGUGCUGAAAAUUUAACAGAUGAUUCAACAAGUGUACAUAGUAUAACAUCCCCAUUUAGAAAACUCCAUCUGCCCUCCUUCCACAAAAGAAACAACUCCCACCACAAUCCAUCAUCCAAUACUGCCGCUCCAGCAACGGCUGCUAUGACAAUGUCAGACCAAGAAGACCAUUACACACCCACAGCACCCGAGCAUAUUAUGCCAACGCUGGUUGACUGGUCUCCUGAAGCACCUGUCUCUCCGCCGCCUUGGGAGCUCCAUGAUCCCAAGCCAUUACAUCAACACAAGAAAAGACAUUCCAUGAGUAAUCACAACUAUUUUGAAGAGUUUCGUCGAACCAGCAGUAUCAGUAGCAGUAGUUUUGGUAUCGAAGAUUAUCAUUCUGAUUCAGAGGGCGUUGGUAGCACCAACAUCAAAUCCUCGUUGCAUCAAAGUCCAUCCGAUUCUCUUGAUCGCAAUUCUGAUGUUACACUCAUUGGUUUGACAUCUGUUCCUAGCACUUCAAGUGCCGAUGUAGAUGAUGCCAGAGCAGCUGCCAGUUCGGCUGCCAUGCGUGUAAGGCGUCGCUCCAGUUGCCCAACCUAUGACUCUCUGUCGCUCAGCAGCGCAAGUACCUCCACCUCCUCCAAAACAUUGAUUGAAAAUGACAUCAUAUUCAUCACCGAGCAGCACACACGACACAUGUCUGUUUUGAAAAAGUACACACAUCCCGCCGACAAGAAGCCAGCCUUCAAGCCAUGUCAGAAAGCGAAAGCACGAGCAGCAGAAGCAGCUGUCAAUGGCGAAGUGGUGCACACCAACUCGCUGUAUUCCUCCUUUUGCGAAGACAGCCUCAAAUAUCUGUACAUUCCCAAUGUAUUUGAUCCUGUUACCAGAGAACCCAUUUUGGAAUUCGCUGUCAUCAAGCCGAGAAAAUAUCAACUGCAUCGCAAGACCAGCUGGAAACGUGAAGCAAAGGCAUUAAUGACAUGGCAUCAUGCAUUGGAAGAACAGAUCCAUCAACCACCUGCUGUCAGCUCGGCUUUUCUAAAGGAAUUAUCCGCUGACAAGCUCGAAAGAUACCAGCUUACCCGUCGAUUCAUUCUGCGAGAAUUUUUUACUACAGAAGUCAAUUUCUGGAAUCAAUUGUAUUACACUAAAAUCAUCUUUUACGAUGCUCUGGUGUACUCGCUCAACAAGGAAAACACAUUUGCUAAAGAUGAAGAUGCAGACAUUUUUGCCAAUCUAUUCGAUUUGAUGCAGUUCUCGGCCAAACUAAUCAACCGUCUCCGUCAUUUUCAGCUAAACUUUGUCAAUAAGGUAGCUGCUGCUGGUGGUACUGAUGAUCCGCACGCACAUCUCUCAGUUGACGGCCAGGAGGCUUGCAAUAAUAUUGACUGCAAUAAUCUUCAAGUAGGCAGUAUUCUGGUGGAUAUGGCUGAAGAUCUCGUUGUAUUCUUGCGUUGCGCUUUAGACUACAAGGGAAACCGAAAGCAUUUGGACAAUUCAGAGCACCGGGAGGGAUUUGUCAAAUACCGACAGCGAUUACAGACCAAGAAAGAAACCAGCCAAUUCUCCAUGCAAGACUACCUAAUUAUCCCCAUUCAACGUGUCGCUCGUUAUGGAUUGCUGCUAGCGGAUUUACUCAAACACACACAACCCAGCCAUUCGGAUUACAACUACUUGAUCAAGGCACAUCAAAUUGUUACAAGUCUUGCUUCUGCCAUGAAUUCUGUGCAGAAAAAGAAAAAGACUUGA